AAGGCCGACAGCCCAUUCCCCUCAAUUGACCAGCGAUAGUGCCCAAGCCCGAAAGGCACUGCGGUCCAUAAUGAGCAGGGCACUUUUCCGCUCCAUGCUGGAGCUUAGAGCUCCCAGCGCUCGACUCUCGACACCCUCGUCUAUAUUGGCAAUCCAAGCCCGCGCCUUCACCUCCACAGCUCCCAUCGUCGAGCCAUUCCCUGAGCGUCACCCAAAGAAUGCCACCAAUCCCACGGCAAAUGAACCUCGACCCCUCGCUUUCAAAGUCAGCCAUCCUACACCGCCUCCAAAGCCUAUGGAAGACUCAGUCAAGAACCUUCUGCCAUUCCUUGCCGCCCAGCCAGACCACUACAUCACUGUUCAUGUCCAUGGAUUUCCCUACCUUGUGCGCGAGGGCGAUCAAGUUCGUCUACCUUUCCGUAUGCCCGGCGUUCAACCUGGAGAUGUACUACGACUCAACCGUGCGAGUGUUCUUGGUAGCAGAGAUUACACCAUGAAAGGCGCUCCCCAUAUUGAUGAGCGGGUUUUUGAGUGCAGGGCUACUGUUGUUGGAACAGAAUCUGAACCGCUACGAAUCAAAAUCAAGAAGAAGAGGAGGCAGAGGAGAAAGAGACAGGCAAAAAGCAAGCACCGAUAUACUAUUCUACGGAUUUCGGAGCUGAACAUCAACAACUUGGAGGAUAUCGAAUGAUUUACGAGAUGGCACAGGGUUGAGAGGAAGAUGUUUCGAGGAUCUGUUUCAACAAAACUGUUGAUGUCCAUGUACAAAUAGGAAAUGCCUCGAAACAAUGUACCAUUACCAGCAUCAAGCUGGCUGUACAAUAAUACAGCAAACUUUACAAAGCCAAUGGAGCGUUUGAAGUUUG